AAAAAUUAGUCUAAUGGAACAUAAAGUAGUAUAAAUUAGUAUAAAGGGACAUAGUUACCAUUUUUUUGCUCUAAAAAACAAUUUUCCCUUACAAAUUUUAAAAGGAACUCGCAUAUAAAAACAACAAAAUACGACACGAUCGGGUCGGUUAAAGAACUGACCUAGAUACGUCCGCGAACUACGACAACAACAACAUCCUUUAUUUAUUACAAAACUAUUGUUCGGGUGUUAAAUGACUCACAAUAUUAUUGUCAGCAGUUUCAUGAUUUCUUUUGUCGUGAAAAAGAAAAAUUGUAGUUUUACCCAGCAACUUAAGUUCCAUGUUGAAUUAUCGGCUUGAUCACCAUCAUAGUUUAUCUUCAAUUGAGUUUGACUUAAUUUGCCAUAAACCCACAAAUAUGAACUGUAUUUCUUUGGUGUGCGAUUUAAAUAAGUAGUUAACAAAAUAUAAAAUAGCGUAUUAUAAUAUUACGUGAGAAAUCUUAUUUUAUCUACUGAAAGUCUGAAAAAAACAAUUAACCAACUUAACUUGUAAACCAGUUUGUCAUUUUCUGUUUCUGCAAAUAAAAGGUUGUGGAAUCUUGGCGUAUGUAUGCUUUAUAUUUACCAUUUCACUCGAAUUAAGUAUUAUUUAUAUUUUCAUAUAUCCCGCAAAACAGAAUUAACAUCAUGCAACGCUUUUAAAAUUAAUUAAUCGAAAAACACUCGCAAGUCUCAUUCACCAUCCCCUCCAAAUUGUUCUUUUUCUUUUCUUAUCUCUCUAAAAUUCACAAAAGCGACAACAAAGUUUCUCUCACUCUACAAUGGCGUGUCUAUAUAAAGCAACAAGGUUGUCGAAACAUAACGACCAUCUUCAUUACUUCUCCAUAACCAAACCGAGAAAUCGAAAACAAGACAAGAGACAGACCUUCAGAACUCGUUUUGAGGAUGAAACUGAUUGAGAAGACGAUGAACAAGUCUAUCAAGGAGGAGGAGAAAGAUGAUGGAAGCAAGAUCUUCCAGACGAUCGAAGUAGCUAAGGUUGACCACCGGAGCAACGUAUCUCCGCCGCCGUCGGCUGGUACCACACCAUUGCUAGAAGUUUCCACUGGCGACGAAUUUAGCCUGCUUCCUCCGUUGAACUUUGCCAUGGUCGAUAACGGUAUCUUCCGGUCUGGAUUCCCGGACUCGACCAACUUCUCCUUCCUCAAGACUCUUGGCCUUCGCUCAAUCAUAUCGUUGUGUCCAGAGGCGUAUCCUGAGAACAACAUGCAAUUCCUCAAAUCCAAUGGGAUUAAGCUUUUCCAGUUUGGCAUUAAAGGCUCUAAGUGUCUCCCAGGAUUAGAGAACGAGGUUUGGUUGCAUCUUCGGAAGCAUCAGAAAGAGGGUUCCUAUACGAAUGGAAAUUCCAAAACUACGGAGCCAUUUGUAAAUAUCUCAGAUUAUAAAAUCCGUGAAGCACUUAAAGUCCUUCUUGAUGAGAAGAACCAUCCACUUUUGAUUCAUUGCAAUCGAGGAAAGCAUAGGACAGGGUGUCUUGUUGGGUGCAUGAGGAAACUCCAGAAAUGGUGCUUGACAUCGAUCUUCGAUGAGUACAAGCGAUUUGCAGCGGCUAAAGCUAGAAUAUCAGAUCAAAUGUUCAUGGAGUUAUUCGAUGUUUCGAGUUUCAAGAACACUCCAAUGUCUUUCUCUUGCUCCAGUAGCUAGGUAGAUGAAGCAGCAGCAAACAACAACGUUGUCCUUUGGAUUUGAUUGAUUCAGUCCCUUGAACCUUUUUCAUAUAUCUUCUUAGUUGAAUAACAAAAGGAGGAGAGCAAAUGAGCUACCAGAGGAAUAUCACCAUCAUUCUUCUUGUUUUUGUUUCUCUUUUCUCCUUAUCCAAUCAAUAAUAAUACAACUAUAGUAAUUGGAAGAAGAAAGAAAUGGAAAGAACGGACAUUCCUAUCUAGCGAA